GCCUACAAGUGGAUAACUAUGCCAGAGAUACAGAACCAACCAGGUCUAGUGCACAAAGGCACACACAUGGCCCCGUGAGCUGCGACUGUGAACCGCGCUAUCAAGGAAAUUCCUCGAUCCCCCAGGGUUACCUCCGAGGGUUCUCUAUCUGCCGAGCUGCAGCAAAACAAAGAAUAAGGUAGGACUCUGCAGCGAGACGCGAUGGCUACCGAAGAAAAUCAAACCCAGGUUGGGUCUGUAGUCCUGGCUCAGCAUGCUUCACCUCCAUCCUCUGGCAGCAGGCCGAACAGAGAAACCAGACAUGACAGCCAGGAAUCAUGGCAAUACUCUGACCAAUCGUGGAAUUCAAAACAGCGAAGCAGCCCUUCCCUCCUCUUUUAUCGGAAGUUGUCGUGUGACAGUGAGAAAGGGCCAAUUUUGGACAAGGAAUACGACUGUCUGGACUACAGCUCAAAUCUCCAGCCGUCAGCUGGCAAGGAGGCAACUAACACGGUUACUCCGAUACCUGAGAAAAGUUCAGAGGGAUCUCCGUGCCGGCUGGACACCUCUGGAGAGGGUGUGGAUGCAGGCAGGAACAGAACUGGCAGAACCCCCUGCUCCUGCCCCCUGUCUAGCCUCCACACAGGUCCAAACAUCUAUUGUUGCCACAGCCCCAGAUCCAGUCCGAACCCCAGCUCCAGCUGCAGCCCCGUUCAGAGCCCUCAACGCUGCCACAGCCCUUCGCAGCACCACCGGAGACACGUCCGCCGCAGCAGCCUGCCGGUGUCUAUGCUGGCAUUCAACAAGAUGUCACCCUACCUCUCAACCUGGUGCACUCCCUCAAGUGAACCCAGCUCUUUAGCGUCCUCACCUUGUAAUUCCCCCCUCCCCAAACACCGGCAGCAUCAUCAGAAUGGACAUACCCACCAGCACCGGCUCAAAGAUGGCUACUCCAGUUUAGAGAGGCUCAACAGAAAGCCCAGGGUGGACAAAUACUCCCUGGAGAAACUAUUUCUAAGACGAGCAUCUCUAGAAGCUACAAGGACGACCUUGAGGAACAACGAAAGGUCACCCUCAGGAGUGAACAGAGACUGCAGCGGGGGCAGCAGCAGCAGCAGUGAGGAGGAGGAGGAGGAGGAUGAAGAAGAGGGUCAUUUAGAUAACUCAGAGUUUAUCAGGAACCGUAAAGAGCGUUCCACUGUCCUAGUGAGGCGCUUCUGCAAGAAUAAUAUGAAGGUGACCAAGUCAGUGUGUACUGGAACCAGAGCCAUCGUCAGGACGCUGCCAUCAGGACGCAUCUCAGAGGAGGUCUGGGACGUGGUUUUUACUCACCGGAUAUGGAAACCCAGCAAGAAGGAUUUGUGGCCAAUCUUAACUCGUGGUAUGGAAGAAGAGUUCAGAGUCUGCAGGGAGAUACUACGUUUUGUUGGAGUUAAGCUACGACAGCUGCUGGCGCCACUUCGUCCGGUCCUCCGCCAGCCUCUCCCAGUUGUCCGUCGCAAUGUCCAGAGCCUUCAUGUCACGUUUUACGACAUCCUUGAAGUGCAGCAGUGGUCGUCCUCUGCCUCUGGAACCAGCGCUCAGCUCGCUGUAUACGAUGUCCUUUGGCGGGCCCUUUAUUACGGUCUAGAGUUUGUCUUUGAUUGGUAG